CAUUUUCCUACCCAGGGUUGUAUUUCGCCAUGUUUUCUCAAUGAAUUAGUUUACGACGAAAAGCGACAACAAUCAAGACAAUUUAUUUUUAGCUUAAAAAAUAUAAUAAAAUAUACAAUUUACUCAACAUGCCCGUCAUCGAUGUUGCUAAUCUGAAGGUAGCGGAUUUGAAACGUGAGCUGAAAGAUAGAGGUCUCUCCGUUGCUGGAAACAAAACCGAAUUGCAAGAACGCUUACAAGCUGCUCUGGAUGGCGAGCCAUUGCUAGAAGACUCAUCUAUUGCCGGUGAGGACAUCUUGGAUGAAGAGGCUGUAUUAUCUGAUGAGGAAAAAAUUCUGGCAGGCGAUGAGAAUGAACUUCUCAAGAGCCCAACAACUACACCUACCACAAUUUUGCCCUCAAAGGGUGCAUCAGACAAUAAUGAUGCUAUUCUAACGGAGGACGAGAUAUUAGAAUCUCCAACCACGACAGCGAAAAAAGUAGUAUUGAAACGAAAGAUAUCAGUGAACAGUGGUGCGACCAAUGAAUCUUCAAAUACAACCAAAGAGAAUACCGAACCCACCCAACCAAAAUCUGCAAAAGUUAGUGAGCACACGCCCAUCACAGUUGGAAGCACUGGGAACGCAGCAGCAUCCGGGACUGGUGCAGCGAAAAAGUUUUCGGAAAUGACAUUGCAAGAACGUUUGGAAUUAAGAGCGAAGAAAUUUGGUCUGAAUACUACUGCAGCGGCAACUGCCACAAACUCCGUCUCCGCAAAUAAGGCCAUUUCACAGGCUCCCGUUGUUAGUAGCGAAAAACAAGUGGAGCUAUUGAAAAAACGCGCGGAACGUUUUGGUUGUGUUACAUCCACCAAUUUGGCAAAACUGGAUGCUGAAGAAAGAAGACUCAAACGGCUACAACGGUUUGGAGGUGAAGUAACAGCUAAAGAUAACAACACAACAAACUCCACGCCAGCUGAUUCCAGCGAGUGGGCAGAAAAGGCACGAAAACGUUUGGAGCGUUUUGGCGGUGCUUCAGCAACAACAACGUCCACGUCGUCAACCACACCGGCUGCAGCUGCAACUGCGACGACCACAAAUCCAGUUGCAACAGCUGCUAGCAACUAAUCAUGUAUUCUCUUAUUUUUUCUACUUUAAGAGUUAUUUGUGAAAAAAAUUCUCACCUCUCUUCAGUAAGUUUUGCAAACGUAAACAAAUUCAUUUGGUUAAGUCCAUAAGAUAUAUAAUGAACAACAAAAUAUUCUUAACAUCACUAACUAAAAUGCAAAAAAAAACAUGUUUUAUUAACAUUUCUAUAAAAUUCAAAUAACAUACCACCAUACAACAUAUAGCAAUAAAAAAUCAAUACAAAAUUUCAUAUGAA